AUGGAGAAAACAUCAUUGGACACCAAGCAAUCUUCUUUCUCGUUGUUUGUACUACCCCAUGUCUUGGUUCACAGAAUUAUUAUUCUGUGGGUGUUGGGAAUCAACAGAUUUUUCACACGAUUAUGUUCAAGCCUUCAAUCCCUACUCCAAUGCCAUAACUCAAAGAUUUCGGAAGAGAUAAAGACUGCAGAUUUUGAAGAAUCGAGUCGAUCUGGUAAAAACAGAGAUGAUGGGAGCCUUUGCAUUGAAGAGAUGGAGAUGGUGAUGGAAAGAUUGGGAUUUUUUUGCAGCAAAGGAAUUGAGGAAGGUCCCUUGGAGUGGUUUGUGUCUGGAGAGCAAGUAUUGGGGCUAUUCGAAUCAAAGGAGCCGAGCUUGGAGGAAGUGAGGGAAGCUUUUGAUGCGUUUGAUUUUAACAGAGAUGGGUUUAUUGAUGCCAUGGAAUUGCAGAGAGUUCUUUGCAGUUUAGGGUUCAAGGAAGGUUUAGAGCUGGGAAACUGCAGGAGAAUGAUCAAAGCUUAUGAUCAAGAUGGGGAUGGACUGAUUAUUUCACAUAUUUUCUGGGAGUUUUUUUAUGGCACAUUUUGUGGGACUCAUAAAGUGUAA